UCUCCCUGACUCUUCCCAGUGGUCCCUCUGCCUCUACCCCUCAGCACUCAGUCCCACUGUUUUUGGAGGAGCAAAGGGUGACACAGGGAAGAGACAGGAAGAUGCAGAACCUGUGCCCCUGUGUGAUCAAGUGGGUUUAGAUGUCACUUGAGUGUCGGUCUGUUGAGCAUGUUCCUGUGUGUCUAGCAUCAUGAGGGACUAAUCCCUCUGCUACUGACCUGCUAGUGACUUUAGCAAGUCAUUAACCCUCUCUGGGCAGUUAGUUUCCUAGUUUUUAAAGAAGGGCAGUAAACUAGAUAGGCCCCCAGCUCCCUCUGUGCUUGCCCUUCUGCCUGCGUGCCUGUGCACCCGGGUCUUGGUUGGAGUAUGUAGUAUCCCCCAGAAAUGGGGGAGGAUAGUGGAUGAAAUGUGUCUCCACCUGAGUAUCUAGGAUGCAUUAGAGCAACUAACUCAAAACAUUCAGAUAAGUUUACCCAUUACCCUAUUAUCCUCACCUAGAAAGCAGGACACCUGGGCUUAGGAAGAAGCCAGGCUUAAUCCACCCCUCCCUUUGGGGCCCACAUUCCUGAGCCCUUUGGUGGCAGGAAUGAUGACAAUUAACAGUAGUUAAUAAUUAAUCCCUAAUGAGAGGCUGGACCUGGGUGGGAUCCAGACACCUGCAGGCAGGACACCUCCCUAGUUCCCUGCUUCCCUCUCCAUUUCCCUCUUCCUGCCUCCCAAGCUUGAAGACAUGGAGAAGGGGUGGGACACAAGCUGCACUAAGGACAAACAGAUUGCACCACUGGACCUCCAAGGGGACCACUCUACUUUCCCCAAGAGCCCAGUGAAUGGCCCUCUCCAGGGUCCUCAAAACCUUACUGAGAGAACUGGAAAAUCCAGUUGCCCAGACCCCCACACCCUUUCUGCCAAACACAGGUGCUAAGGACUGAGGGUAAGGAGAGGCCACCUGGGAUUUCAGAUAUCUCUUCCUUACAAUAGAGUUGUAAGGUGGCUACAAUGGGGUCUGCGCUGCCUCUCUUCCUCCUCCUGGCCCUUCUUGGCAGCUCAUAUGGAGCAGGGCCAAGUGUGACUUUGCAAAUGAAGCUGAAGGCAUCUUUUCCGGCAAAUGUCUCCCAUAACUCCAGCUUCCCAGAGUUGCUCAAAAAGCUCUGCCUUCUUCUCCACCUCCCAUCAGAGACCAACGUCACCCUCCAUCAUGAAGGAACCCCGCACAACUUCAUCUGCAAAACCUGGAAAUAACUGAAGCCUGUGUUGGCUAAGGGAAUCAGUCCCCUGGGGUGCAAGGUCAUAUCCUGACCCUGUCUUCCAACAGAUUCUUGUCCUGCUGUGUGCCAAUAAAAUGCUAUAUCCAA